AAAAUCUUUGCUAUAAAACAUGUUAAUUAUUUUCUAAAGUCUAUGGAGUCGCGGCGUGCUGGUUUUAUACCGAAAAACAGUUAUGUACUAACUUCGUAGUUAUUCCACGCGCGAAUGGCAAAUCACAUUCAAUAUUUUUUCUUAACGUUCUUUUCUUUCAUUAAUAAAUAAUGGAGCAAAAUGAAAAUCUGGAUAAAGAAAGGAACAGGAAGCCACGUAAAAUAAUGAAGGUAAAUCCUUCCCGGUACGAAGUGGCCGAGGCUAUGAAUGCAAACAGAAGAUACUGGAAAAGUGUUUUCAAUGAAAUCGAAGCCAACACUGCAGAAGCUAUCGAAGAAAGCAAACAAAUAGCAAAAGUUCUCCCUAAUAAUCUAUAUGAAAAAGUUUGCACUACUUUAAAUAUGCCCAUGGCUUAUAGUAUUCAAGAUGAUGAGUCAAUUAAACUCAAAGGAAAACUUACAAGAAGACUGGUGAAGGAGCCCAUGCUAUCUCAAAGAAAAUGUCUUCAUAUUGACCGGGAAUUAGAUUCAGACACUGACGUUGAAUUUGAAUCGAGUGACGAUGGUGAUGAUGAAGGAGGUGAUGAAAAACUGAACAUUCACAUGGAACUGUUGAGUAAGCCUGAGCGGGAACAAGUGACUUGGCCCUCGCACUACCUGCAACCUGAGAAGGAAGAAGAGAAGACGCUCAUCAGGAAGGCCGAUGAUCUCACAGACAAAAUUGCAACUGAGUUUUGUAAGUACAUGAAAGAGUUGGGCGGCAACCAACAGUCGCAGCUGUUCACGCCGAAAGCUAUCAAGGAACUGUUUCAAAUCGAGUUUGACACGCAUGUAACAAGAGGGGUUAGUGUGGUGCCAAAAGAGAUACCCUGCGUCGAAGACAGAAUAGCUGCUAUGUCUGGUUUUCUAGAGAAAUCAAAAUUAGCAACAUUGGAGCGGGAAAUAACACGAGACAUAAUAGCUGAGAGGCGUCCCGACAAACUAGUAGCGUUUGGUAAGAGCCUCCCGUGCGGAGAAGGGUGGCGGGCUCCCAGAAACGAUACCAAUAACUCGUGGCGGUCCGCCAGACACGUACCACGAGACUUGGUCACGCUGAAGACAGUGUGGGAAGGGAUCACAAACUUACGAAGCGUGAAAGAAUAUUGCCGCUGGAUGAUAGAACACCCGGAAUACAGACGCGCACCGUACUUGAGCAGCUUGGGCAUGUUUGACCCCGCAGUUCUGGAAGCACGUCUCACCUUCGAGGCAGCUUCGCCUCUCGCCUCCCCCGACGUGGCUCCUGCGCCUAUAGACCACAUACGGAGACGAUUAUCACAAUUAGCCGAUACUAAUUAAUGCACCUAAAACUAAAAUUGAUAAAGCCAAUGUAACUGUUAAAUAAAAGAGAAUAUGGUUUUAAAUUAUGCUUUUAAUU